AUGAUUAAUUAUAAAGGUUUUAGUUCAUUGGAUUACAUCGGCUAUGGUUGUUGGUGUGGUUUGGGUACCUAUGGUUCGAAAGUAUUUGAUAGUACAGAUCGAUGUUGUCAAUUACAUGAUCAAUGUUAUGAUCGUAUUUCGGGUGGAUUUUUCGGUUGUUCACCGAAACUUGUCACCUAUGAUUGGAAAGGAUUAUUCAAUGGCGAAAUUCAAUGUACAGAUCGAGAAAAUACAUGUGAUCGGAAUGCAUGUGAUUGUGAUCGAGUAGCUGUUGAAUGUUAUUCGCAGUAUCGAAGUACCUACAAUCCUGAUUUUCUCGAUGGCAAAUAUAAAGGCAACAAAAAAAUAGCAUGCAAAUAA